GCUGUCACCUCCCGUGCCAUCCCCUGGGGGCUGCCUCUGCCCUGUCCUGCUGAGCAGGAGCGCUCCCAGCGCUUUCCUGUCACUUGCACAGAGCCAAAGUGAGGAGUUUAAACCCACGCAGCCCUCCCAGGGCGCUGCUGGCAGCGGUGCUGUCUGUGGCACCAAAACUGGAGCUCUGCAGCACUGUAAAUUCCCUGUUUUCCAGGUGGCCGAGCACCAGAACGUGCCUUUGGCCCCAAGGCACUGAGUGCCCUGCCAGGAAGGUCCCGACGCAGGGGCCAGCUCACCUUUGUCCCCAGCUGGUGCAGAUGUCACCAUGGCUCCCGCGUCGCUCCCGCCAGGCUCUGAUGGCAGCCAGCCCAAGGACUUCACCUGUGCCCUGCCAUUCCAGCUGUCCAUGGCCAUCCUGGGGCUUUUGGAUCAGAAAUCCCUGGAUGCCUGCUCUGCUGUGAAUGAUCACUGGGCGUUCCUGGUCAGGCGGGUCCGGGAGGACAAGGCGUGUCAGAACACGGUCCAGAAGAACCUCCUGCAGAUGCAGGAGUUGUGUCCUAGAAAAACCAUGCCAAACUAUGCUAAAAGAGUCGAGGUGCAAAUUCCCCAGCUAAACGAUGAGGGUGAGGUCACUGAAGUGAAGGACAAGGAGCAGAAGAAGAGGCGUAAAUCCAAGACAGAGGAUUUGGGUCUGCAGGAAGCCUAUCGGGAACUGAAAACUGACAAGAUCGAGCUGGAAGAGAGGAAUGUCUUCUGUGGCCCCUACAAGACCCGUGUCCUCAUGGAGCAGUGUGACAGGACAAGGACAGCCCACUACAGCGGUGGGCACUGGGUGGCUGCUGGCAGCAGGAGGCUGAGGCUGCUCCGAGUGCCGGCAGGGAAGGAGGAGCUGCUGCUGCCCGGCCACGCCGGGCUCAUCAGAGCCCUGUGCCUGCGCGAGGACAGAGGGAUCCUGCUGAGCAGCGCCAGCCUGGAGCUCAGCAUCAGGUGCUGGAAUAUUCACAGUGGGGCCUGUGUGAGAACCUUCACGGGUCACUAUGCGACCAUCAGCUGCCUGCAUUCCCACCAGGAGCACCUGGUGUCAGGAGCUGGGGAUGGCAUGGUGAAAGUGUGGAGCCUGGAGAGUGGGAAAUGCCUCAGGACCCUGAUGCACAGCAGCCCUGUGGGGGCAGUGAGGAUGGACAGGACCCACGUGGUCAGUGGGGGCCACCGAGGGCUGGUGAAGGUCUGGAGUGCUGAGACAGGGGCUCUGAUCAAGACAUUAGAGAGGCACCAAGGCCCAGUUCUCUGCUUGUCCUUUGACCAGUGGCACCUCAUCACAGGGGGCAGUGAUGGAUAUGCCCUGGGAUGGAGCAUGUUGGGAAAAUUCAGGAGAUGCCUGAUGGCUUUCUUCCAUCCCAAGGAAGUGCUGUCCCUGGAGUUCCUGUACCUCCGAGUGCUCAGUGGCUGCGCUGAUGGAUGCAUUCGGAUAUUCAACUUCCUGACUGGCACCUGCCUCCGCGUGCUGGAGCCCGGCGGCAGCGGGGACCCCGUGUCUGCUCUCUGUGUCGCAGGAAACAGGGUGGUGACCAACUCCCCCAGCAGGCUGCUGCUGCUCCAGUUCGAGGAGGUGGUGUGGGACUAUUCCCUGCCCGCUGACAGAGAGGUGCCGAAGCAGGACAGGAGGUCCCAGAAGGGGAAGCGCCAGGGAACCAGUGCAGAGUCGCAGCGAGCUCCAGACAAGUCCCCAAAAUCUCGCCAGAGACCAAAGAGCCAUGGAAGACCCAAAAGUGGUGAAGCUGAACAUGGCUCUGCUUCUCCUGCAGCUGAGGAGGCAGAGGCCACUGUAGAGUGCGAGCUGCCCCAGAGAGACCCAAGGAGUCCCAUGUCCCCCGACAAGUUCCUGCUGACCAUCGGCACGCUGCAGAGCUCCCGCAGGGCCGGCGCUGGCAGCCGCAGCCCCAGCCUGCUCUCUGCCAGGGCCAGGGCGGCCCAGCAGCAGCAGCAGCGCCCCGGGCAGCUGCCGGUGCCCAGGACGGCCCUGCAGCACCAGGAGGAGCGGGCAGCCCAGCUCCGGCGUGCCAGGCUGCACAGCCAUUCGCUGGCUGUGACAAAAACCUCAACUCCCUUUGAAACCAAACUGCUGCGGCUCAGGCUGGAGAACUCUCUGCACAGCCCUGCUGUGAAAUCCUCCAUCCCUGCUCCCCGUGUUGUACGUUCAAAGCUCUGGGGCUCGCUGGGAAAAAGGAGAACUCCCAGUGGCCGUGGGAAAGACACUCCUGGUCCCAAAGACAGGCAUCAGCUCAUCAAUCUCUGCGCAGCUUCUUCAGAGCUGAUCCAACCAACGCCUGGCACGGCUGCAGAGAUGAGGAAUGGAGGUCCCAGGAGAAUAAAGCCCUCCUGUGCCUACGCUUCCCGCAGGGACAGUGGGCUCAGGCUCCUGACAGCAGAGCAGGAGCUGCACGAGGCAGCUGUGGCAGCUCAGCAGCAGGCACAGCAGGCAAAGCCCACGGAACACAAAGACAGAGCCAGAAGGAAAGCCUGGCUGAGGAAAAUUAAAGGCCUACCUGUGGAUUCUUUUACUGGGGAGAGGAAAACACCUGCUCCAGAACUUGGGCAUAACACAUUUAUCUGAGGUGAUCCCCAGGUCCAGUCAACAGCCACAACCUGGGGUUCUGGGGUCCAGCUGAGUCUGCCAUGUGGCUUUAACUAUAAAAUACAGAUAUAUUCAUUUAUAUACAUUUAAGUAUGUUUAGUUUAUUUAAGUAUACUCUCUGUGGUUUUAAAAACCAGUAUAAAACAUUUCCCCACUGUAAAUUUUUCUAAGAAAUACUGUUGGUAUAUUCAGCCAUUUGUCAGGGCAGUGAAUGGACUGAGCCCUCUCCUGGAUUUAACUCCCUAAACCUGCUGUCGUUACCAACAUGGCACUGUCUGACACCAACACAGCUCAGGAUGGGCUCAAUCCUGUGAGAACAAUAAUAAAAACUUCUUAUCAAAA